AUGGCUACCCAGGAGGCUUUUGCAGAAGAUCCAAAAGACAGUAAAAUUUUUGAGCUGGAUAUUUCUUACUUAGAAGCUCGCUACCCUAAUGUGAAUUUUGAUUUUCACAAGCUGGCAGAAGAAAUGGAAGAGGAAUAUCAGCCAAUCCGCGAGCAAUUAAAAAAGGAGUUUAGGUUUAAUUCCACCAUGAGAAAUGAGGCCCAGCGGUUAAAAACCUUCCUGUCCCAGCCUAGUAGUAACUCUCGAUCUGCGUGGGCCCCAUCAGAGAUGUCUGCAGCUGGCUUCUACUACACUGGUGUUAAGUCAGCAAUACAGUGUUUUUGCUGUGGGUUAGUUCUGCUUUCAAGAAGUAUCACAAAAAACCCUUAUGCAAUGCAUAAGAAGUAUCAGCCAGAUUGUGAAUUUAUUUUAGGAAAAGAGGUUGGCAAUAUCUCCAAGUAUGACGUCCGUGUUCAAAAUCUAGCUAAGAGCUCUACAGAAAUAAAAAAGGUUUAUGAAAGUGUGGAGCUGAGACUUGAGUCCUUUGCCUCCUGGCCAUUGUAUGGCCAAGAAGUACAGCCUGCUCUGCUAGCUAAUGGUGGAUUUUUCUUCACAGGUAUAAAGGACACAGUUCAAUGCUUUGCCUGCAAUGGAUGCCUGGGAAAUUGGAAAGACGGGGAUGAUCCUUGGAAAGAACAUGCAAAGUGGUUCCCCGAGUGCAAGUUCCUCCAAAAGGAAAAGUCCAGAGAUGAAAUUAAAGCAUAUAUUCAAAAUUAUUCUGGAUUUGUUGAUAUUACGGGAAAGUGUUUUGGAACAUCCUUUGCGAAGACAUUGCCUCCCAACACAGGAGAUUCAGAACCUAUUUUAAACAUCUAUGAGGACGAAGAUGUACGGCUGGACUCUUUUAAAACGUGGCCACAAGAAGCCCAGGUUGAUGCAGUUUCUCUGGCAAGGGCAGGAUUUUUCUACACAGGGGUGAAGGAUGCUGUACAGUGCUUUGCCUGUGCCGGACGUCUGGCAGAAUGGAAGGAAGCUGAUGACCCUUGGAAAGAACACACCAAAUAUUUUCCUGAUUGUAAGCAAUCAGAUCCAGGCAGGCACAGAUCAGUAGAGCAGCUCAUGACACAAUCAGGAUCAUGGUGUGACCAGCAAAUUCACUGCAACAACAAUUUGGAGAAGGCAGAAGCUCUCAGUUCAGCUACAACUAAUGUGGCCUUUGAGGAACAUGAAUGGCUUCGAGAACAGCUCUCAAGGGCAUACAGUGAUGUCAGUUUCAGGAAAAUGUUUUCAUUUGGGGAUUCUACCCAUUUUGCUAUUGAUCUGAAGGCACUCUAUGGAGACCUAGUCAUUGUCUCCAAGAACAUCCAUAACCUGCCAUUGCAGCAGCUCAUACUACCUGAGGUCCUUGAAAGCUUUCAGUCCAUCACAGUUGUAGAAGGGGAAGCAGGGAGUGGGAAAACGGCAUUGCUCCGGAAGAUAGCUAUUCUCUGGGCAUCUGGAUGCUGUCCUGUCCUCAGCAGAUUCAAGUUUGUUUUUUAUCUCUCCUUGAACUCUAGAGGAAGGAAUGAGAAACUGGCCGAUAUGAUUUGCAAUCAGCUAGUAGGGCUUGAAGGGUCAUUAACAAAAGAUUCCCUGAAGAACUUGUGUCAGUCACUAAGGAAUCAGGUCCUGUUUCUUGUGGAUGGUUAUGAUGAAAUGAAUACAGUCCCCUCCGAAAUUGAAGAUCUGAUUCAAAAGAACCACUUCAACAAACACUGCUUAGUUAUCGCAGUUCGUACUAACAGGAUUGGCAGCAUCCGCCUGUUUGCAAACACAAUUCUCAGUAUCGGAGAGUUCCCACUAACCAGCACCGUCUAUCUGUUAAGAAAACUCUUUUCACAUAACAUUAGUCUUGUAGAAGAAUUUUACAUUCAGAUGGUACAAGAAGAAACUAUACAAUCUCUCUUCAAGACUCCUCUUUUUGUUGUGUCUCUUGGUGCAUAUUGGGUUCAGUAUCCUGAAAGCAAUAUGUUCACAGACAUGGUUAUUUUGAAAGCCUACUUGCUGUACAUUUCAAUGAAAUAUCCACAAGAGUGUGAGCAGUUGAAAGUCAUGGUGUCCUCCUGUGGUGAACUUGCCUUACAAGGUCUCUACAAAUCCUGCUUUGAUUUCAGUGAAGAAGACCUUUUUGAAGUUGGAGUAAGGGGAGAUGAUGCUGUCUGGUUUGGUCUGCUAAGCAAGUUCACUGCUCAAAGGCUUCAUCCACUCUACAAAUUCUUCCACCUUUCUUUCCAAGAAUUUCUGGCAGGUCUAAGGAUGAGUGAGCUCUUAGCUUCAGAUGUGCAGGAAAAUGUAGAAAAAGGAUUGUGGUACUUGCAGCAAAUCAACACCUUUGUGAAAAUCUUUGGGCGGUACAAGUAUAUUUUGAUGUAUGCUUGCAGCAAGCCUUCCAAUGCAGUGCCAAAAAUAAUUUCCCACUUACUAAAUUUACUCAAUUGUGAGGAGUCGUUUGAAAGUCGAUCUGAAAAUGAUGUUUAUCUGCAGCAAACUCCCAAACUUCAACUAAUGCAACUGCAGCUUCUGUUUAUUACCUUUAGAUUGUUCCCAGAGCUACGUCAUUCAACAGCUACUGAAAUUGUACUGAAACUUGCCACUGAGCUAGCCUACCAGAGCAAUAUGGUUCCUGCAUGUGCUCCCAUGUUCUUAGAAUUUAUUUAUGGGAAACAAUUUUCUGUACAUCAGUUUGCUUCCACUAGUGGGUUCAUAAGUCGCUUCUUUCUAGAUUAUCCAGAGAGUUUGUUCUUACCCAGCAGUUUUGUCGCAUCUUUUACUGGCAAAAAGGAAGUUGCUGAUUUGUCUCGCGCUGAAAGUUGUUAUUCUAAUUUGGGGGUUCCAGUUGUUGACAAGGAAUAUGCUCCUGCUUUUAAACUUUUCAGUGAUGUUUCAAAGCAGGUAAAAGAGCGUGAAGAUUUUAGCAAUAGUUUUAUGUCACUCAUCCCCAGAUAUCUUCCAGACUCCAAAAUAGCUCCUUUUGUUCCUCUGAAAGGCCAUAAGAAAAUCCCACAUUUGAAAUUUGAUGCCAGCAAUGUGAAAUCAUUACAAGUUCAUGACCUUCAAAAUGUAGUGAUACUCUUCUCAGUUUUUGAUCGUAUUGAACUCCGGCUGAAAAAUUGCCAAGGUCUGAUUGAGAGUAUCCAGCCAGCUAUUGAACAGAAUUUGAGAUCUUUUAAAGUUUGCAGCAUACACUGUGAUACUUUGAGUGUAGUAGAAGAAAACCUGCUUCUUUCAAUGUCUUCACUUGAGUCUCUUGAAAUCAAAGGGAUAACAUCAGUACCAGAAACUGUGUUUGCAAAUUUGGACAAAUAUACUUUCUUGAAGGAACUGUCAAUGGAUCUUCCUGAUUGUCAAAACAUAUUUGACAUCAUUCCAGAAGGCUUCAAAAAUCUACAUAGCAUGGAAAAAUUGCUAAUCUACAAUGUUCAGUUUCAAAGCAGUUCUGCCCGAUUAGUUGAAGUUAUGCGGAACUUCCGAAACCUUUGUGUUUUUCAUCUGAAACAUUCAGACUUUUCUGAGUUUGGGGCUCUCAUGGAUGCCAUUUCCACUUGCAAAAUGCUAAGAGAAAUAAGAUUAACUGAAUUAUCUUUUGGAGAUAAAGACCUGUUUUCUCUUGCUGCUGCCUUGCCAAAUUUUACUGCUCUGAAGGUGCUGGAUCUUGCACGGCUAAGUUUCACUGAUGAGGAAGCUUGUACAGCAUUAGCCUCAGUGUUAAGUUGCCUUGUGGCACUGGAGGAACUUGUUCUGCCAAUUGGACAAGGAAUAACUCAUGAGGCCAAAGUGAUUGUCCAGCAAUGCUGUCAUAUUCCAAAUCUUCAAAAGCUGGAGUUUAACCAGGCUUUAAGUGAUGAAGGCCUUUUGGAAAUAGCAAAUGUAGCAGUUGAUGGAGGUUUCCAGAAGCUUGAAUUCCUGCACCUCAUGGUCAAUCACAGCACUACGGAGUCUGCUUGGAGAACCUUCUUCCAAACAUUAUCCAAUAUGCCAAAGUUACAUGAGGCAGACUUCAGUCGCCUUCACACACAUUCAAUCAAAUGUGAAGCAGCAACAGUGAGGUCUUUUGUUCAGUGUGUCUCCAGGCUGCCCAGCCUCAAGACCAUUAACAUGAUAGGGUGGCUGUUUGAUGCGGAUGACCUGAAAAUGUUUGAAGUUAUGAAAGAACAACACCCCCAGUCAAAAAGCUUAAAUUUGACUUGGGAAUUUAUUUUGCCAUUUUCACCAAUUGUACAAGAGUAGAAAAGACGAAAUGUGUAAAUGCUGGACAGUAUGUAUUACAAAAACAUCCAAAUAUUCACUCUGCUUGUAAAGAGAAUAGUUUUUAUACGUGACAGAAGAAAUUGAACAAAGAAACUUCGGAAAUGAAAUUAGAGCAUUGCAUAUGUAACAAUGUUGGCAAUUCAUUGGCUGUACUGAGGUCUCAACAAAUAGGCUAUCGAUGAGAGGCGUGAAGAGAGCUUGUUGGGGGGCACUCCUUUUGCUCUUCCCAGUCCCACGUGCAUGGAGCAUUAUCAGAAGCUUCCAGGUUUGGGAGGCCUUUGGAUCAAGCUCCAUUUCACUGUGAUGCGGGAGCCUGGACAAACCCUAGUCAGUUUCUUCCACACAAUUGGGAUUCCAAGAGGGUUAAACUGUAUAGAAUCUUGGUUUGUUGGUAGGACAUAAAUCUCCAGUUAUCUCAUACAUCUGUAGUGGACACAUGGCAAAUUGGAGCUUAAAUCAAGGCUAACCAAAUCUGGAGGUUUUCAGCUGCAUUCUGUGUACAAAGGGAAGAGAAGAACAACCUAUUUUCAUGCCCAUCACAGACAAUCCUCUGUCAUGACAACUGAAAGGACCCAUUCUCCCUUGGUCACAGAUUCAGUCGGGUAGCCACGUGGGUCUAAAGCAACAGAACAAAGUGUGAGUCCAGUGGCACCU